CGGCACGCCAGAUCCAAACCUGGAAGCGAUGAGCGAUGAGCACAGGAGCCGAGGCGCUGUCCGACGCCAGCAGCGAGAGAGGCCCGAUGGCCCGUGCGGCGACGGCGCCACUCAGCCACAGCCAUGGCAUUUCAACAGAGCGAUCGUCCAGCGCUGCCGCUUCUCCCACCCGACGGCGCCACGGCGGUGGAGCGACAGGGCUCGGCGCUUUUACCCGUCGCUUUUACUCGAGGUUUCUACCGCCUCGGCGCCGGGACCUCCGAGCCUCAUUUGCGAAUUCGCCAGCUCGGACAAAGACCAAUCGAUAGCAUGCUUCCGCUUCGCUGCUCUGCCCUCCUCACCUCGCUCGUGCUCGUCGCGGGCCAUGGCAUCGUGUCCAACCCCGCGGCCGAGUUCUCGCCCAACGUCAUGCGCACGACGUACGUGGCGACGAUCCAAGCCAACUUGCCCGGCAAGUUUGACGGCUCGCCGCAAGAGAACGUGGCGGCCUUCACGACUGCCUUCAAGGCGCAGUCCCAGUUCAAGACGCUCCGCGAUAUGCUCGAGCCGCAAGGGCCGGCGUGCGGCAACUCGCUUCCGAACGCCUCCAAGAAGACGAUCCCGUCCGAUGGCACCAUGACGUGGCUGAACCCCGACACGGGCGAAGGCUUCAUCUCGAGCCACACGGGUCCGUGCGAGGUGUGGCUCGACGAUAAGCGUGUGUUCCAGGACGACGACUGCCCGACGCACUUUCCGCAAAAGCCCGCGGCCCACCUGCCGGUCGACUAUUCGAGCUGCGGCGGGUCGGGUUGCAUGCUUCGCUUCUACUGGCUCGCGCUGCACCAGCCCCAGUGGCAAGUGUACAAAAACUGCGUGCCACUGCAAGGCAACGGCCAAGCCGUCAAGGCCGUCGGACCGUCGUCGCCAUCGAUGGCGCCUACGCCUGGCUGCAGCCUCGCGAACAACGAGUACAAGCAGUAAACGAUGAAACAACGAUGCAUCUCUCAC